GGCGCUGCUGCCCCAGGCGGACAGCUUCAAGGAGGAGCAGCGCACCCAGUGGGAGCCCCUCUCCGGCGAGAAGUUCAAUCGGCAGAAGAACGCACCCAGGUUCGAGGCGUACACGAUGACCGGGGACCUGAUGCUGAACCUCUCUCGCACGCAGCAGAGCACCGGCCUCCUGCCCAAAUAUCAGAAAAAGGUGGACUCGUUGAGUCCUAACGAAAUGCUGGGCCACAACCGGGCCGGGCACAAGGGCUCGACCAGCGCGAGCACCUCGCCGGUGGGCAUCGGCAGGGCGGCCCUGGCCCAGGGUGCCUCGGCGGAGGCCAAGGCCAGCGCGGCCUUCGGCUACCCGGGCGGCUUCGUCAGGACCUCGCGGUCGGAGGACCACCUGCAGUUCCAAAAGGACCCGUCGAUGAGCGCGGUGGACAUCGACAUCGACGACGACGUGACGUCGAGCCUGAACACGCUGCUGGACCCGCGGCCGGGCCAGGGCCAGGGCCAGGGCCAGGGGGUGGUGUCCGCCGAGCGCAUCGUCUGGACGUACAACGCCCCCCCGGGGGGCGGCUCGCCCUCGGCCUCCCGUUCCUCCAGCAGCUCCUCGACCGAGGGCUCCAGCCCGCAGCGCUCCCUGUCCCCGGCCUCGCCCACCUCGGUGUCUUCGUCCGUCAUGUCCUCCAACUCUGGCUCCCGCAGGUUCCCCCCGCCGACCGCGACGGGCCCGGCCGGGGACGGCUGCUGCUCGGUCUCCGUCUCCGUCCCCCCGGCCGCCCCCGCCCCCGGCCACGGCCACCCACCCAACGGCGACCUCAGCCAGUCCGAGGCGAUCAGCAACAUGUCCAGCCCCGACUACAACGACGAGGAGACCAUGGACAUUCUCAGUGCGCGCGACGUCAUGAUGGUUAGUGACCCCAGUGACAGUGACUCCACGAUACUGGCCAGUGAACCGCCCCAGAGGAGACUCAAGCCCGGCCCGGGCCAGGACUCGGCCGAGCACCGCAUAGUGAUCCAAGUGAAGGGCCCCGACAAGGAGCCCUCGUCGCGCAACUCCCAGGGCAGCCCCCGGCAGACCCGCCGGCGCGCCAGCGCCGACGCCCAGCGCCCCGACCUGCUGCCUGCCCCGACGGUCCCCGCCCAGGCACAACCCGACUACGGCUACCAGGAACUGAAGGACAGCGAGGACGAGAAGGACCUUGCCUUCCUUCAGGGCUACGAGGACCAGAGGCAGGCUGGUGCCUCACCCCCGCAAUCCGCCGACGAGGAGAGCGACAUCGAGAGUCUGCACAGCUUCCAUUACAGCCCCAAGGCCGUCGACCUACCUUCCGCCGUCAGGCUAGCCAAGAGACUAUACUCCCUCGACGGGUUCAAGAAGUCCGACGUAUCUAGGCACCUUAGUAAAAACAACGACUUCAGCAGGGCCGUGGCCGAGGAGUACUUGAGGUACUUCAACUUCGAACGGGACACGCUGGACGUGGCUCUCAGAAAGUUCCUUGCACAGUUCUCAUUGACCGGGGAAACUCAGGAGAGGGAGCGAGUCCUUGUACAUUUCUCUAAGCGUUAUCUCGACUGCAACCCCGGCACCUUUAACUCCCAAGAUGCCGUUCACACCUUGACCUGCGCCAUAAUGCUGCUCAACACCGACCUCCACGGUCAGAACAUCGGCAGGAAGAUGACGUGCUCCGAGUUCAUUGAGAACCUGUCAGAACUGAACGACGGCGACAAUUUUCCCAGAGAGGUGCUCAAGCAGCUUUACAACGCCAUCAAGUCGUUCCCCCUGGAGUGGGCAUUGGACGAAGAGGGAGACGAAACCGCGUCCCAGGUGAUCCAGCAAGGCGACGGCCAGACUUUGUCGGGCACCGGCAAUCCCUUUCUCGACGUGCCAAACAUUACGGGUGCUACCGAAUUCAAGAAGGGCUACGUCAUGCGCAAGUGCUGCUACGACGCUAACGGCAAGAAAACGCCGUUCGGCAAGCGGGGUUGGAAGAUGUAUUAUUGUACGCUGCGAGAGCUCGUUUUGUACUUGCACAAAGACGAACAUGGCUUCCGUAACGACUGUUUGCACUAUGUCAUACGCAUUCAUCACGCACUCGCGACCAAAGCGGCUGACUACACAAAGAAGCAACACGUAUUCAGGUUACAGACUGCCGAUCAAGCGGAGUAUCUCUUUCAGACGAGUGAUUCCAAAGAGCUGCAGUCCUGGAUCGACACCAUCAACUUUGUCUGCGCCAGUUUCUCUUGCCAGCCGCUCGCGGGCGCGGUAGGUUCCCAACGAAAGUUUCAAAGGCCUUUGCUUCCAUGUAGCCACACCAAGUUGUCUCCUAGAGAGCAAUUACGUGACCACGAGGAGAGGGUCAGCAGGUUGGAGGCUGAACUGGACGAGCACAGGAGGCAUCCACCCGAACGAGGUGCUAAGGCCCUCACCAUACAAAACUACAAGGAAAAGGACGCCUACCUUCACUACGAGCUGAAGAGGUACAAGACUUACGCGUACCUGCUGCGUUCGAGGCUCGCCUUUACGGAAGUGGAACCUUCCCUGGUCGAAAGCAGCAUAGGAGAGGUCGACGAAGGUAGUGCGACGCCGACGAACGCGGAGGUCGCCCUGGUGCCACCUCCGGUACCAGACCGGCCUGCGACAAAUAGGUACAGUUACAGGGCUGCCAUUUACAACCGUAACCUCCUGAACGGCCAGGACUAUGGCGGGGACAUUGGUUGACGUGUGAUGGGUGUCUUUUCAGCAUGUGUGGUCUAGUCUGACCUGCAUACGUAGGCAGAGGCAUCAGCUGAGAUUCGGAAGAGAGAGAGAAAGUGAGAUAGAGUGAAAGAUAUAUAGAUAGAAAGAGAGAGAGUGAAAAUAACGGACUCUACGUAACACUCGCCAAAUAUUAUAUAUCAUAUUUGUAAUCUCGUAUCGAUGCAAUUUUUUCAUACCGAUGAACGACUCGCUCGCGAUAUUCCCACGAAUAGCCAAAGAUAUUUCAGAGUAGCGCUUUAGAGAAGAGGAAACUUUGAAUGCACGAUACUUCCGGUAAUGGGCGAGGACCGACCACGAGGCGCGAAUAAGCUCAAUUUCAUGGUUUUUCUCCCUUUUUUUCUCUCUUUUUUUUUCUUUUCUUCAUUCCCAUUUCCUCCUCAUUUCUCCAUUGGCAAAGUUCGAUCCGAUCAAUGAUCGAUCUGUGCGAGGGAAGCGGCUGCUGCAUCCGCCUGCAUAUUCAGAUACCUAGUCCUAUCAUGGCCGAGAAUUAACAAAUGGUGUUUGGGUGUCGGGUUCGCAGCUAAUUCGGAAUUAUGCCGAUAAUCGUUGCUACUAAUACCUUACGGAUUAGUAAUGUUAAGCGGUAGGGGUGACUAAUGUGCUCGAUGUGAGAGAACGAGACCGCCUUUGGGGUAGAGCGGGUUUAAGACCGAUUUGGACGUGUCCGUGCCGUGUCAGUGACGAGUCCGUGCACUGAUGGGAACAACGGAUUUUUCUGAUUUUUAUUACGCUAUUUCUACGUUUCCGUAUCCCUGCUGAUUAUGGAAUUAAUACGGAAAUGUAUGAAUUCAUUGUUAACCUUUGUACCUGCCCGAAUAUUAAGGUUGUUUAUUGCAACGUAAAAAUUAUUUUGAUAUUUCCGACACAUUGAAAUACAAAUGAAUGCUGAUACCGUAUACACCGGCUCUCGAAAUGAACAUCGGACAAAUGUGGUGUACAAGUUUCAGAGAGCUUGUAUACUGAUUCUCGACCACAUAUGUGAGAAUUCGUCGAUAAUUGUGUAUUGUUUAUGAAGGUACUCUAAAUAAGCAAGGGUAUGUACAAUGGCGGGCAUGAAUGCCUCCCCUGCAGAUACGGUAUCGCCUGUGCAGGACGGGAGGGCAUUGAUGUCUCCCAGUGUACGACUGACGUAAGACAUGUACAUGAAAGCUCCGCUACAUUUCUACCCUGAUUUUCAAUACCGUACACGUUAACAAUUAUAUGUAUUUUGAGAAAAGCGCGUUGUACAUUUGUACUAACAUUUGGGUUGGUUUAUUUUCUCAGCUUACCAUUUUAUUCAACAUUUUCAGUACAAAUUCUUACGUAGAAAUGGUCUUCUUCGAAAUGCAACAUACAUUUGUAUUCGGAAAUGUUCGAAACAUCGAAACAUUAAUAACAAUAUACCCCAGAAACACAAAUCGAGUUAUCCCGUGGUUCGUGUCAAUUAUUUUAUUUGAAAAAAAAGAAAAACUCACUUUAAGAACCGAAAAUAAUAAAUUUAAUAAUAAUGUUCAUAACUUCUUCACAACGUUGAGGUAGUAUCUCUGUCCCUCCGUUGAAAAAAGGUAAUACGGCAAAAGUUUGAAUAUUUCAACGGUACAAACUUAUGGACCAACCUUAUAAGUUUAUGCAGUUGUUAUCGACAUCAGUGCACCAACGUAUAUUGAACGGAUACGGUAGGGAUAUAUACUUGAAUCGGUCUUUAAUAGGUACACAAUUGUGGUGGAUUCGUUGUCGCAGGUGUCGUUUAACCGAAACUCGGUUAUAUGCAUGUUAGAGAAUAAUGGAGUUAAUUAAAUUAAUGAAUCAAAGGAGAAACGAAACUGUAACUGUAACGGUGAUUCAAUCUUCGAGGAAUUGCUUCUGGUGCGAACGAAAUAUCCGUGUUGAUAUCCCUAAGAUACGUUCGAAGAAAUUCGCCUUAACACACUUUUUCAAGCGUUUCGAGAUGGUUUUUAUCAAAUCUUCGAGCUCGUAUUUUGAUGGGCGACAUCGACGAUUUAAUCGAACGCUUUGUCAUGAACAGUUUUCCUUUUCAAUCGAGGCGUUUCCUGUUCGAUUAUCCGAAAAGAAACACGUAUGGGUAGGGAUCAACCGAUACCAUUAAACAAUCGAUAAUUUAACUCGUAAUAUGCAUCGAAAAAUUAACUUAUUGAUGCCUACUCGUAUCGAAUCAAAAUAGAUACAAAUGUAUACGGCAAUGUCGAAAGAUAUAGGAGAACGUUGUUGCACGCGAAUUUUUAUAUCAGUCAAUAUACAUUUUUGUCAUUAAAGGAACCCUCGCGUCGAAACUCUCGGAAAAUAUGUAUUUUUCAUAAAUCGGUAAAAAGAAAAGUAUACAACAUAAGGAGAAAUAUUUCAAGUGCUUUAAUUAUAUAUGUUUAAAUUAUUCGAUAAAUAAUUAGUCUGCCUUGAUUUAAUCCUUUUUCCCUUGAAAUAAAUAACAUUUAAUUUUUAUACAUGAAACAAAUAGAAAGAAAAUUUACUUUUUUCUUUUCGAAAAUGUUAACACGAGAGUUCCUUUAUUGCCAUUAGACAAUUUGACGUUCGAGUAGGUGCAAAAUAAAAAUUAAUACAAAAUACCUCCUUAUCGUGUCUACCCUGUCCGAUUCGAUACGCGUACUUUCCAUCGAUAUCGAGUAAGUAUCGAUGCCAAAAGUACUUGGUAUUGAAAUGAAAGUACCGAAACGAAAAUAAUAGUAUUUCGAUUGUCGAUUUAUCCCUACCCGAAAACGCAAAGCUUUGGACAUUCGAUCGGUUGGAAAAAACGUCUUCCCGUAUACGUACUUCUUCACUGUGGUAUAUACGCAGAAAAAUAUUUGGCAGAAUCAAUGAAACAUUUAUUGUUUUCGACCAUAAAAUAUGGUUAUUACAUGGGCAACCAAAUAUUUGAUUGACACGACAAAAUUCCGUAUCAAUGACAUUCGGUUGAUUACGACAUUGCUGUACAUCGCAGCUGUGGGAUUUAAUUAAUUUCGUUCGUCGACUAAGCUAUUUUCUAGAAUUAACGAAAACGUUCUAAUCGAAACAAACGAGCCAAAAUGCAGUCGAACGAUUCUCUUCGGUGAACGAAAUUUCAUUUUUCUGCGUGUACACGAUUGGUACUUAAAACAAAUUUGCACAGUGGUGUAAAUGCUUUAAAGUGAUUAACUCGAACGCUCGACUUAUGGAGAUAAAGAGAUACGAUUAACUGUGAUAUUGUGUUGUCGAGAUCGCGUAUUAAAUUUAACGCAUUACGAGCGAAGCUAUUGAACCACUGUUCCAUUGUCUUUGUAUCGGAUUCUUUACGUUCGCCUUAAUGUGUCCUGAAAAUUUUUUAAUAUACAAAACUACGGCGAUCUUUGCGCACUCUUCUCUCUUCUGUCGAAGACUUCCGGUGCGUUGUGUUCUCCAUUAAGGGGAUAUGAAAGUGGUAUCUGAGAUGUUCAUGAAACUUCUAUGAGCUGG